CAGCAGGGAUUUCUGCCUGCGCGCUUCUCCUGCACUUUGGAUUGCGAAACCCUUUGCGAGCUUGCGACCUGGUCUCUUCUAUCACCAGUUUGUCUUCAAUUUUCCAGGCAUGUACUGUGUGUAAGCCAAUGAUGGAUGGGUUGCUCAGCGCAGGGCUGCGGCGAGGCCUCGGCGUGGCACUUAUCGCCCUAGCCGCUGCUAUCCCAGCCCAAGCCCUCGCAAGCGAAGCAGCCGAUGACGCUGGCCAUGCGGAUUUCUCCCACCUGCACGUCUUCCCGUCUGCCGCCGCGCCUUGCGUCAGCUACAUAACGUCUGGCGAGAACCCGCUGCUCUCGCCCAGCGGCGCCGUGGUGGGUCACCUGUCGCUGUACGCGCAGCACUCGCCCUCGCCCGGGGAGCCCGCCUCGCCGCUCUACUCGCCCUACUCCGCCACCUCCGCCGACACACGGCUGGUCCUGGACAUUGCCCUGAAGCGCCCCGGCGCCAGGCCCGCGGCGGGGUCGCGCGGCGGCAGCGCUGGCGCUGCUGCUACUGCCGCUCGGGCUUCCGCUGCUGCUGCCAGCACGGGGAGCAACGCGGCCCCUGCUGCUACUGCCACAGCCGCGGACACCGCCGCAACGCCAAUGCCGUCGGCCGCGCCGCCCGCACCCGCGCCGCCCGCGCCGGGGCCAUCGGGGUACUACUUCGCUGCGAACGCGGCGGCAGGCCACAACGUGCGGGUUUGGAUCUCGCGCUCCCCGCCGCACGGGUGCCCGCCCUCCGCCGCACUGCAGCCACCCGGCGAGCCCAUACGCAUGUCCGCCAACUGCGCGGGCCGUAGCGACACGCUGCGAGUAGAGGUGCCUCAGGAGGCGUUCAACUGCUCCCGCGGCUCUGCGGGCGGCGACGCGGGGCUGUCCGAGCUGCACACCGUGUUCUUCGUCACGCUGCAGCUGGACCUGGCCGCAGAGCCCUGCUCUCGGCCCGUGGCGUCCGCCUUUGCCGGCCCUCGCCAUGACGUCGUGACUGCCGUGUCCUCCUGCACCUACGUCACCGUCACCGCCACAUGCAAGCCCCCCACAUGCGACCCGCCGCCACCGCCGCUAGUACCCCGGCACCUGCUGGCGGGCCCCGCCGCCACCGCCCGCAACGCCGUACUGCACUACUACGCCCCUGAGCCGCCGCCGUCAAGGCCUGUGCCGCCGCCUCCAGCUGCGGCACCGGCUGUUGCCGGCGGGAAAGCAGGCGCCGCGACAGGCGCUGUGGGCGGCCUGGUCAAGGCGAGGGAGCAACCGCAGCCGCAGCAGGGGGUCGAAGCAGCGAAGGAGCGGCAAGCGGAGGUGCAGCUGCAGGGUCAGUCGCACGCAAGGCAACCCAGUCCGGACCAGGUCCAGAGCCAGGAGCAGACCGAUGACUGGGUCCUGCUUGACCCAGCUGUGGGGGCCGUUGUGGAAGGGGACGGCCUCAGCGCAGAACCGGCAGGGCCCACCGCUACAGCAGGCGCCGCGGCAGUGGCGGCGGCGCUGCAUGCAGCAGGCGGCGCAGCGACUCAGGCGCCAGAGCAGCAGGGGCCAGCGGCCGCAGCAGCGGUGCCAGUGACAGGACCGGCUGAGGACAAGGGCGCGAAAGCGGCAGAGGAGGCGAUCGCGCAGUGGGACGAGGUGGACUGGGGCGACGCAGAAGACUGGGCGGCGGCGGCGAGGCUUGUGGGCCGGCACGACGGCACGCUCGACCGUGGCGCCGCCGCAGCCGCAGCCGCGGCGGCCGCCGCCGGCAUCCACGACCUGGAGUCAUGGCGCAAGCGCCCCAUCGUGCUGCAUGAGGAUGACUAUGCGGAUGAGGCAUGGCAGGCCUGGAUGGCCGAUCAGCAGUACGACUAUGACGGUUACAACGGGUACGAUGACGCCGGCGGUUACGCCCAGGACAGCUGGCAGGACGAGAAGGUGGAUGAGCAGCAGUCGGAGGAGCCGGGGGCGGAGGCCGGGCAGCAGGCGGGGGAGGGGGAGGAGGAGGAGUCACGAGCCGACGCGGCUCACCGUGCCUGGACCCGGGUGCAGGAGACCGUCUGGUCGCCUGGCGGCUUGGCGCGGCUCCUGUUUGGCCGACUGCUGGCCGCCAUGCUGGGCGAUGAGCAGAUCCAAGCAGUGUUGGCCGAGAUGGAGGCGGAGGGCGAGGAGGGUGUGGGGCUGUGGCACUGGCGCGUGUCGUUCGUGGCACGCCAGCAGGCGGUGGCAGCGCUGCGGGCUGUGCCGGGGUGGCGGCUGGCGGCCGGCGCGGCAGCGACGGCCGUGGCGGCAGUAGUGCUGGGUCAGGCCUUGGGUGCGCUGCUCAAGGCACGGAGCACACGGCGGGAGGCGGCGCGGGAGGCGACGCGGCGGCAGCGGCGUUUUCAAAUGCGCCACGGCCACGGCCACCAGCACCAGCACCAAGGCCAUGCGCCGGUGCACGGGCGCGACAGGCAUGGACGUGGCAGCUCCGGGUAUGGGGAGGACAGCGACGGCGAUGCAAACGGCUGGGAGGAGCGGGAGGAAGAUGCUCGCCAGGGACUGGACCGCCGCAACCUGGCAGCCGCCGCCGAGCAGUUUGCACACUGGCAGCAGUACCAGCACCAGUGGCGUCAGGACCAGCCGGCCGCAGACUGGAUCCCGCACUUCCACCAGCACCACCAACCCCACCACCACGUCGCUGCCAACCAUGCGCCGCCGAUGGAGGAGCCGGAGCAGCAAGACGCAGACGGCCGCUUCGUUCUGCCGCUGUCGUGCCUCGGCCGCAUCCGCACCCAAACCUCCGACCUCGUGGACGCAGAGGCUGGCUCCAGGCACAGCACCAUCCGCGGCAGUGGCGAUGGCGCUGCUGGUGCUGCUGCUGCUGGCCGCAGCAGCGCCAGGGAUGCACGGGCAGCCGCACGGCAGGGCCCGCAGGGCGCGGGCGGCUGGGCGGUUGGUGAACGCGUCGGCGGCCCCGUCGGCGACCCCGUCAGCGGUCGCGGUGGUGGCGGCGGCGGCCCUCGGCUAGGCCUGGGAGGCCAGGGCCUGGUGUACGCCGACACGCCCAUUGCGGGUCGGGGGCGCGAGGCCGGGCUGGGGCUGGCCGGCGGCCCCGGCGGAGGUGGGCGCGGAAGGGGCGAUGGUGGUGCCGCCGACGCCGACGUCAUUGGAGAUGGGGAUGUGAAAGGCGGCCAAGGCCCCAUGCAUGGCGGUGGCGGCGGAGGUUACGGCAACGUGAUUGUGUUUUACCCGCUGGUAGGCCCGCACCUCACCGGGGAAGACCGAACGGAUGACGAGCGCGAUGGCGACAGCAGCGGCGACGGCACCAGCGGCAGCGGGUCGCAGGGCAGCAGCAAUGGCGGCGGCGGCGGCGCUGUCGGCCUUCGCCGGCCGCCGCCACACCGGUCGCUGAUGGCGCGAUCGCGCCUGGGGCGGCUGGCGGCGACGGCGAGCGCGGCGGCGGCCCUGGCGGCGGCGGAGCACGGCGUGACCGCGAGCGCGCCCGGCACACCCCAGGUGCUGCGCAGGCGGCAGUGAGCAGCGGGUGCGGUACAGCAAGCGACGAACCGGAGUAAGCCCGGCCGUAUGUGCGUGUUUGAGAGAGGAGGGGUAGGUGCAGUUUGUACAAUAGCGUCUUUUCUGUGACAUGCAAGAUGGAUGGGGGGUCCAUCAACAAUGACUACCGCAUCCCAGACCUCGUAUGCAAGACCUCGUAUGCAAGACCUCGUAUGCCACGCCUCGUAUGCCACACCCCGUAUGCCAGAUCUCGCCAGAAGGGAUGCGUCCACUGGUCGCGCUUUGCGACACGUGUAUGUGAUUGGCACGGCUAACACGUUGCCGUACAGCCCAACUCGCAUAGACGUGUACAUCAGACACCGUAACGGCUUGUAGGGUUGCCAGCACAUUUAAUUGUAGUAUUCGCAACUUGAUUAGAUCCCGAGUAUGAGUGCCCUGUAGGCAGCAGUCGCUGCGAAGCAUAGCGUCAGCCGUUGGUCGAUGUGCGGCGCCGCCGUACACAGGGUCGAGGGAUUAAGCACGUGUUGCUGUUAGUGUGAGGCUGUAGUAAUAGUGUGAUGGCCGGUUGCAGGAGGAGGAAGUUGCAAGCAAUCUUAGAGCACGCGACAACGGCUCCCCAGAGGUUGCGAAUCCGGCAUGAGUUGUAUGCGCCUAUGCGGUAGCUUCACAAUCCCCCUGUCAAAGCGUUUUCAUAGCAGCCCAGGCCCUCAGUGUUUUUUAUAUGCGACAAGGCUUAAUGUGUUAACUAGCAAGGCUAAUCCUUUGGGAUGUGCUCAACACGUCGAGCGAUGUAUGAGUUGGGGCUAGCCAAGGAGACGCGCACGGGUGAGGGGGCCAUGGUGCUGCCGCCCCCCCUGUGCUACCGCAAGUGAUUGGAGCCGCACCAUGCGCCUGUGAAGCCCUAUGAUUGGAUGGCUGUAUCAUGGUAGAUGGGAGGCGGUGCCGAGGUGUGAGGGAGCGGGGCUAGCCGGGUAGAGGCGCACGGGUGAGGGGGCUGAAGCGGCCAAGUUGCUGCCGCACCCCUGUGCUGCCGCAAGUGGUUGGAGCUGUACCAUGCGCCUGUGGGGCCUUUUGAUUGGCUGGUUGUAUCAUGACAUGAUACCGUAGAUGGGAGAUGGCUGUGGGACCAUCUGGUGAGUUGCCUGUGCCGCGCAUCACAGGUAGUAUGGCAGAGGCAAGGAGCACGUGGCCCUGUGUCGUGUACCUGUGUCAAACGAUGGGGAUGUUGCUGUUGUUUGCAGGAACCGCGAUGUCACCGCCUUCCUCUGAUGCUCAACUUUGGCCGGCUGCAGGUGCUGUCCCGGGAGCAGCAGCAGCAGCAGCAGCAGGGGGUCGGGUGAUGAUGUGGGGCGCAGUGUAUGGAGGUGGCAUCCUGUAUGUUUAUUUGGGCGCUUCAUUGCGUCAAGCCAAUCGAGUCGUUGAGCAGGUUCGAUUUUGUGACGUGAGACCCACCUCACCCCGGUUAGUGCACGUGCUUGAGUGCUGUGCCGUUUUAGGGUGGGAGAUGACUUUCGGAAACGACGAGCCGUGAGUUUGCCGGCUACAUAGGCCAGGGAUUACUAGGCAGAUAUACUUGGUAGACGA